AUGCGUUUGAACGAUUUUAAUGUUUACAUGUCUUAUUUAGUGAAUACCUUGGCUAUGAACCUAUCCUCUAUUAAACCUUUGAAUGGAGGGAAUUUCACGAAAUGGAAGCAAGACAUUGAGAUCUUGCUGGGACUGAUGGAUCUCGAUUUGGCUUUAAGAGAGGAUGAACCAACACCAUUGGAUGAAAAAUCAACUAUUGAUCAAAGGCUUGAAAAAUGGGAGAAAGCCAACAGAAUGUCCUUGAUGGUGAUGAAAAGAACAAUGGGUGAGACAGUCAUGGGUGAAAUCACAGCUUGUGACCAAGCGAAAGACUUUCUAGAUGCAGUAGGAGCGAAGUUCAGAGAGUUGGAGAAGGCAGAAAUGGAUGAUUUGAUGACUACACUCACCAUUCUCAAACUUGAUGAGAAUAAGAGUGUGGGGGAGCAUAUUCUCAAGCUGGUGGAGAUUGUUGCAAAGCUAAAAGAUUUGGAAGUUCCAGUUGAUGAUGCCUUCAUUGUUUGCAUGGCGCUCAAUUCUCUACCUCCAAAAUUUGAUCAGUUGAAGACAUCUACGACACAUAGAAGGAGAAGUGGGCACUGA